AUGCAGGGAACACCACUUCUGUUCCAGCCGUCGGCACUUUUCUCGGCCUGCUUCUCAUCGCUCAUCAUACCGAGUGUAUCCGUGAAGAACCCAUGGAAGCUUUGCGCACGCACCUCGUUGCACCCGUAUCUCUCGGGAAUUAAGCCGAUGCAGCGUCAUACGUCGCUCAUGUGUGACUCUUUGCAACUCUUGCAUGACUCUGGCAGCGUCUCCUUCGAGUAUGGCCGUGCUAAUGCCGCUGCGCUGUCACUAAGACCAAGACCCCAGGAAGCAGCAGUUGGGAGCACUUCUCGGCUGGCGGGCGGGUGUCAGAUCCAGGUUAAGUUUUCCAUCUCUGACGCCUUUGCUAUCAAAGGAGCGAGAGGGGUGUCUGAAUCUCCAGGGAAUCCUUCCUUGUAUGGCCUUGAAGAGGCAUCCUCAAUCGUAGAGAGUGACUCAUUGUCUAGUGGAAGACGCUGGUGUAUGAGUGGCGACGAGAGGAAGGUUCUUAAUUUGGUGUUGAAUCCUGUCGGAAGUAACAAGCAAUUUUCAUCUUGUGGUCAAUAUGAAGAGAACGCCACGUCGCCUGCUAAUACAUCUCUACUCCCGCCGGCAUCAAGCGUUUCAUGUAAACCCCCGACUGUUGUUGGCCCAGGUUGGAGAAUCAUGCGCGAUCUGGCCAUCACCAUGAAGUUUAAGGAGCAGUUAGCUGUCUAUCUGUUCUAUAUAUCAAUUCGGCCUUCUCCCUCCCUUCUGCUCCCGCACAGAUCUUAUUGA